GCCGUCGACUUUUUGAAGCAUUGCGACCACGGAACUGGUUCGAUUCUGAAGAGACGUUUGCGUAACCUUUAUAAAUUAAAGGUUUGCGCAGUUCAAGAUGAGGUCUCUCGGUGAGCGUUUCAACAAGCUUCGCGCUAAGCUCAUUUCCUUAAGAUGCGGCCCGGGUGCAGCAAUCCUCCCCCCAGAGGUGACCAGAAUACAUAUGGACUUUGCAACGAGCUUCAAGAACGGUCAUAUGGGCGCCAAGUUAGUCCAUAUAUCAAGGUCUCUGGCACAUCAACUAAUACACCAAAAAACAGAAAGUUCUGGCGUGAGAACCUCCCCCGACUAAAAUACCAUAAUCCCUCAGUUCCUAUGAUCGUCAAUCGUCACAGCCGGAACAACAAGAAGCCUACACUCUCUAUCUAUCUCCGCAAACCCGACGCUUCAACUCCCGCACCCGCUACCCGUUCCCAGCCCUCCUCAUCACGCAAUAACAUGUCCAAGGCCACACCACCGGACGCUGACGAGAAGAUUAUUACCGUCGAUAUGACUGAGAAACACUCCUCUCACAUUCUUGAAUACGUACUUGCCGAGACCCGUGCUGUCCCCAUCAAACCCACCAAGGAGGAGAUUCGUGAAUUGCAGGAGCUGGACGCCAUGGCCAGACAAGCCGAGGUCGACCGAGCACGGAUGAGGAGUCUACGUGAGGAGAAGAAACGCGAGGAGGACAUGCUGAAGCGAGCCCGGGCUGCUGGCGGUGUUGCUGAGGAAGAGGAUUCGUGAAAAGGCUUUGAAUGAAAGAGACCAUAACGAUGCUGUACAAUAAAUGUGUAUUAACGAAUGCCACAUAUCUGGCAAGUGUACAAGUUGGAAAUUUAGAAAGUCCCACUACCUUCUGCUUGGACUCCUACGUUGGUCGAUGAACGGAUUGUUGGGCUGUCGCACACGUACAACGUACAUUUCAAUGUUGAAGAAUUGCGAUUCUCCGAUAGAAUCUCUUAUAGACAAACGACUUCAGUUUCUAAUUGCACCUUGAGAGGUCCUAUAUAUAGAUCUACACUCCCAAAACCCCUUGAACUACCUAUCAAAACUCCGUAAAUGAAAUGAAUGCUCAUUCGUAAUUUCAUCAACUGUACCAUUUACUUUAUCCCAAAGCCCUCACUUUCAUGAACAGCAGUCCACAAUAACUUCUCUAACCUUUCUUUUGACUUGUAUCGUGACAGAGAUAGCAUGUUGAAGCACGUUCGAGCAAUGGGGAACCUGCCUUCAUCCUCACCGAGGCAGGAUAUCUUAAUCGGUAGUACAGCUGCACCCAUAGCAGGAAUUCGAUCGCUACCAGUGAUGAACAGGAGUAGUUUCCGUUGAUCUUGAGAUGUCGCCGCCUGAAAUGUCUCCCAGAACCAGUCAAUAACGGGUUCGGAACCAUCUGGCUUUUUAGUUCCCCAGUUAUCAUACUCAGCGACUCCCCUUAGCGAGUUGAUGUCAAGUGCUUCAUCAGAGCCUCGUACAAGGAGUUCAAUCUCUUCUGGCCUAAAGAGAGACAGGGCAUUACCUCCACAUACAGUGUAGAAACCUCGUUUGAAGGGCUCGAACUGUCUUGUUACAGACACAUCGAUUAUGUACCGCACGUAAAGGUCCACGUAUUCUCGACGGUUGCUGUUUGUGACAGGGAUGCGUUCGCCUCCAGGGCAAAGGGGAACCUGCACCUGAGUACCGUAUUUAUCCAUAUCAAUAACGAAAUCGAGACAGAAGGUGUCUUCCACAUUGCCUUCAUAUUCUAGCAACUGCCGUAAUCCUCGAGCUAGUCGAGGCCGGUAUUCUGCCAGGUCUUCGAGGGUAUAACGCAUGGGAGGUCUUGGGUGAGCUGAUGCCCCUGUACCGUGUGUUGGAGCAGAUGCAAUAAGUUUUCGAAAUGCAAAAGGAGGGAGAGCCACAUCCAGAAUAGUCGAGUUGUAUAUAGCAAGUCCCAUCACGACUCCGACCAAGAAGAACUGAUCGGAGGUUUCAAAAGCGUUCGGGUUGAAAUAGCAAUACUGAGAAUCCUCGUCAUAAAGAAAAAGGCC